AUGGAUCUCUCAUCGCUUGUUCGUGCUGUCAUCGCGGCUUUUGAAGAUGCCACGAAACUCGUCCGGCGCAUUCGCGAUCACAGAGAAGAUACCAGUGGCGGACAACUACCUGAAGAGCCUACCCGCGACCUCCUGGAAUCUCUCGCUCUGGGACCCGUCAUUGUUCGUGGUCAUUACGAACAUGACCUCAAGCGAUUUGGAGAACAAUACGCCUGUGGGGACAUACAAGCCAGGGAACAGAUGAAAGAUGUCUUGAUCAAUCUACAAAUGACCCUGAUCAUCACUCUUCGAACCGUGUACAUGGAUGAUAUGGAACUUGAUUUCCAUGCUCUCCAAACGGCGUCCGAUGAUUGUCGAGCCAAUGCUGGAGUGUGUCUGGGACAAUGGUCUCAGCGACUAUCCGACGCCGUGAAAGCACAGGCUUUCUACCCUCCAAAUACCCCCUAUCCCUCUGGCUCCGCUUUGAUACCACCCAUCUCGCCAUCCCUGGGUUAUUCAAGUAGCCGAAGCACGCAGUCUUCCUCCGCUUUUCCGGGUCCGCGGACUCCUGAUACCGUGGCUGAACAAUUCGGCAAUCUAAAUAUCUCGCCCCCGACGCGGCCCCCGUAUAUCGACCGAAAGAUGUCGACCAGUUCUGGAGGUUCUCAAGAGCUCCAUCAACGUCAGUCUAUCGUGUUGCCUCGGCCAGCGGCCGAAUUCCGUAUUACUGCACCUCCGGUUGGAGUCCAUCGAAUUGAAGAAUCCGACUCAAUCAGUAUGCGGCGGAGGUCAUCCCAAGCUCUUGCACCUGACGACAUCAUCUGGUCAAUGUUUCCUCAACCAGGUGGUCAACCCAUUUUGCCUGCAGCAUCCGCCCGACAAGAUACUGAUCGAGAAUCGUACGUAUCUUCUGGGAAGAAGAGUCAAUCGUAUUCGUCCCCAGAUAUCCCCAGAGCUUCAAGUGGUCAUCACAGUCAGAACUCGAGAGAUCGAUAUGGACCAGAUGAUUAUGGUGAAUCAAAUGGCAGAACGGACACCCGGCAGAACAGUUAUGGUACAAUUUACGACAUGUACCGGCCAACGACACCGGAACGGCAAGCUUCAACUUCAUAUCCACAACGAGUCCAGGCCUCUGGUCCUAUGGAUCAUAUCCGUUAUCUGCAGGGAAACAGUCGAGCUCCUCGACCGCAACCGAAAUCUGCCUCGAUGAAUACCUCAAAGAAGACGAAACUUGUCCGAGAAGAACAUCACCGUCCGGUUCGUGCACAAACGGACUCGAGAGAGUAUCAGUCGCGCCCAUCAGAGCCAUCUCAUCAACUUCUUCCUUCCCCUCCGGUGCCGAACUCUUAUUCUCCCUCCCGAUCUCACGCCAUUGCUGCUAAACACCUGUCUCCCGCAUCUAUCGAUUCGUCCGAUCGAGCGCCUUCGAUUCGGACCGUUGCCUCUUCUACUCCCUCGGUCAAUCCUCCCAUAAAUACGGGGCCACUCACACUGCCCACGGACAAGAAUCUCCUCGGAUUUUGUAAAGGUGCGUUCCGUCUCCAAGCCGGUCUAGAGCGGAAAGCAUUUUCGGUUGCGAAUCGUCCGGCUGGGUUUGCAAGCAUGAUCACAUACUGGAAAUGCGAGAAGUGCAAUUUUGAAGGUCCCAUGUAUAGCUCCGUCAAUCUUUUUGAAGGCAAAAAGAAAGGAAAACCAGAGCGGUUAUUUGAUCCCAAAGUCAGGACUUCCGAAAGUGGCGGAAUACGAUAUCGAUGGACAUUCCUGGCUAGAUGUCAUGUUGCACUCAAAGGGAUGGUUCCCAGCGAUACCCCGGCAGCUCGCGAGGGCAGCUUCGGCAGUUUCGGAUGUAUUUUCUGUUGUGCGGAAGGGAAGAACCGAGGCUGGCUCGAUGCAUGGUCAAACGCCAGUGUCAGAUCCGGCAAUACAGCAAUUAAAGUCGAUGGAACGAAUCGAUCGACGCCGAUCUUUGGUAAUGUGACGAGCUUUAUGGAGCAUUUGGAGACUCUGCAUCGGAAACAGGACGGGUGGCCGAAUGCGGAGAUGAUUGGGAGAUUCAGAGUUGUGGUUGGAACGUUUGCAGCUUCAGAGGAUAAUGGUUGGGAGGUAAACUUUGUGCCAUAUUAA